GUCUGCUAGAAGUUCGAACUUCCAUAAAGAUGCAUAAUUGUGGGAGAAUCCAUUAUUAACGAAAUGGAAUUAUUGGAGUCUAAUAAGACUUAAAAUCUUGUAGAGUUACCUCUUGGUUGAAAAGCCUUUGGUAAGAUAUCGAUAGAAUCGAACAAGAUUUGGCAUCUUUGAGAAUUACCUCUUGGCAAUGAAGCCAAGGUAAUAAAUGGAUUCCUAAAAGGAAAACUGAUACCUGAUGGUUUAGUUUAUGAGUAUAAUGAUCGCCUAGUAGCGAUGGCUUUAGGUGAAGGGAAAAUAAAUUGUAGAUUUCUUUGAUAUCUAUUCACCAAUAUGUAGAAUAACAUCCAUGUAUGUUCUGAUUGCUAGUGUUGUGUGUCAGAUGGAUUGUUAAACAUGUUUCUGUGAAUGGUGAUUUAGAUAGGAAAAUAUACAUGGGACAACCUAUAGGGUUGUUAUUCCUGAACAUGCUUAGGGAGUCUAUAGUUAGACAAAUCAUUGUAAGAUUUGAAAUAGACUCUAAGACGAUGGCAUGAAUAAACUAGUUCUUUCUCAUGGUUUUAAAAGUGAAAUUGACAAGUGCAUUUAGUACAAAUUUGAGAAUGACACUUGCAUUAUGAAUGACACGUCGAUCUUUGGUACAAAGACUCGUAAUGUCAAUAUUGAAAAACCAUGAUGGUUGAGAAUUUUGAUUGUGAAUGAUCUGAAUGAAACCAAUGUUAUGCUAAGAGAUCCUAAUAACUAGGAAAAUACAAGAUGUACACCUGCAUACAUGUUUGAUGGUGCUAGUAUAAAAAUUUAAAGAACACCUAAGACGGUGUAAGAAAGUUAGAAUAUACUAGCAUUUACAGUCUGCGAGAGGCAGCUGAUAAACAUGAGACCCGAUUUAGUGGGGGUACUUGGCAGGAUUAUUGAUUGUCCUAUUAUGAAGCAUUGAAAUGCUAUUGAAAGGGUCAUGAGACACCUUAAAAGAACAGAAAAAACCUUGGUAUUUGUUAUCAAAGGUUUUGCUGUAUUGGUAGGGUAUAGUGAUGCGGAUUAGAAUACCCUAUAGAGGACUACAAGAGGAUGUGUUUUAAACAUCGAUAGAGAAGCUAUGUCUUGGAAGUAUAAGAAGUAAACGAUCCUGGCUCAAUCAACUAAGAAUCGAAAAUGAUAGAACUAGCAAUGGCUAGUAAAGAGGAAAGUUGAUUGAGAGGGUCACUACUAGAGAUUCCCUUAUGGGAAAGACCGAUCCCUCCGGUAGUUGAUUAAUUGUGAUAGCACCGCAGCUAUUGCAAUAGAAGGGAACCGGUUCUAGAACAAAAAGAGACGACAAAUUUGUCGUAAGCACAGUACUGUAAGAGAACUCCUAACGAUAGGAGCAAUGAGGGUGGAUCCUGUAAGGUCCUAACAGAAUCUAGGUGAUCCUUUGACGAAAGGAUUAUCUAGAGAGAAAGUCCAAAAUACCACAAAGGGUAUGAGACUUAUGCCUACCGAACCAUGGAUUACAAGUGAUGGUAACCCGACCCGAUAGACUGGAGAUCCCAAGAAACGGGUUCAAUGGGUAAUAACAAGUCAUGAGUAAUAUUGAGAAAAGUUCAUGCAUAGUAGAGCAUGAAUCCCAAAGCCUUGGAGGUUGAGUUAAACUCUUAAUGAGAUCUAUACUCUAUGUGGAGUGAAGUACUUUACUUUGGGGGUACUUCUGAUAGACUCACCUAUGUGAAUGUGGGAGUGGGGCCGCUCCCUAUGGAACUUUGGAGGCACAAAGUUGCUAGAGCGUUCACUAAACCGGGAUAACAUGCAUGGCCAUAAACGCACGACCUAUGAGAGAAUAUCACUUAAUGAAAAGAUCCGGUGUGCUACAUUGUCUGAGAUAGGGUUCAAGACUACGAGUCACCCUUAUGAAAUCGGAAGUGUAACCAUUACGCUAAGGUUCAAAUCUUCGCGAUACCUUAGCUUAUGCCCGAUCUUAUGGAAUUGUUGAUGCUCAGAGAUAGUUUCAAAACUAUUCAAGUGGGGGAUUGUUGGGAUGAAUAGCCUUGAAAAGCUAUAAACGAAAUUCCUAAUUAAUUAUCCAGUAUUUUCCCCAUAAUACGAAAAUAAGAUGGAUAAUUAAUAAAAGGAAUAUUAUGGAGAUAAUUAGAAAUAAUUAUCUUAAUAGAUUAUAUUUUAAUUAUGGGAGUAAUUAUCUCCCUAAUUAAAAUGUGACUUAUUCCCAAAGAAAGAGGGAAUAUUCUGGGUUUUCUGCUCCUAUAAAUAGGAGACGCCCCAGACCCUCUAAACACACCUCAGAGAGCAGAAACACGAGAUAGAGAGUGAGUUCAUAGAGCUCCGGUUUUCGCACAAACCCGAUGAGCAAAUCAUUAGAUUGGCUGUUUUAUCCUGGAGGCGACCGUCGGAUAGUCUGCCGUGCGCAACGAAGGCAGUGCCGCGAACGUCUUAAAGAGAGCGACCUAGUCCGCGACUCAGCCAGAUCGGUAACCCUAAUUUUUCUGUUCGGUUUCUAACUGGACUAGUAUACUAAGUUAUCAUUUUCUUUUUUCCCUCUUCCUUGUGUAUCAGUGUACGUCUAUCCCUUUGCUUGUACUUGUUACCUCUGUAAUCAAUGCAAUUUCAAUGGGGAGCUCAACAAUGGUUGGAGUGUGCAAUGCAAUCAUAUAAAGAUCAGUCAGAGUCAUGUGUUGGGCUUCUUCGAUGGAAAGAUCGCCUUCAUACAUUCCUAAUACUUGUCUUUUGACUGCAUAUAUUAUCAUCAAACGUGAUAGGGAGAGUAGAAAAAUGUGAUUGGGAGAGUAGAAAGCAGUGAGUUACUUCGUGAAAGUCUUGAAGCCCUCUGAAGAUAUGCUCUUCGAGGGGCCAAUCCGAGCUCCAAUGGUGAAAUUUAGGCUCCAAUCGGCUCCGAGGUAAGGCUCUUCGUCACUUUCUAUCUAUGACUUUGUUUUUUGCUAUCAAAAGUUGGAUCCCUUGCUUUAGCACCAUGGUCUUAUUCGUUAUCCAUUGAAGACCCCAUGAUCUCACAUUGGCUUUUGUAUGACUCCAUUCUAUUUUAUUGUUCUUUCUAUUAAUGGUUAGUUAGCAUCAAUGCCUUGCGCCUCUUUUCAACAAUAAAAAAAAAGAGAAUAAAUCUUCAACUAUCAAGAGUCAAGAGUGUACCAUAAAUACUUUCAGGAUAUAUUAAUAAUCAAGAAAGAAUGUUUUGGAAAAUAGUGUAAUUUAUUUGGAUCCCCUACGUGGUGCGAGAAUGGAAGUGCACUUCUCCACACCGCUAGAAUCCGUACAAAAUUUUUUGGCGACAAAUGUAAAGAACUUUGAUGACGAAUUCUUCCAUUGUAAAAGUACAAUUUCAUGAAGUGACAGUCCAAUCAUGCAACUCUCGAGCCUCGUGAUGAAAAGAUCUCUAUUCGAAACCAACCUUAACAGAAUAAAAAGUGAUCCAAUGACAAAUGAGCGAACAAAACAUAUAACAAAACCAUCAAUACACAAUCUACCAAUGUCUAUUCUCAUUCCAAAGCAUAUUCAUCGCAACUGUCCAAUCAUCCAACUUCUAGUAAAGCAAUGUCAUCUUUUUGUUAUGACUUGAUAAAAAACCUGAGGAAAACAAAAUCCUAGGAAACAAAAAGAAAGGAAUGACCAACUAUUUAGUUUGACAUUCAUCAAACAUCACAACCACAUGACUCUCUCUUUCAUUUCCCCUACAGUUUGUAGGGUUGAGAUGACUGAAGCAAAGGCUUUGUGGUUGGGGAUCAAUGAAGUUUACAAUCAGGUUUCUCUCAUCAUGUGAUUGCGUUGAAUUUUCAAUCUCUAAUACACCUCAAACAAGUUU